GGGUGGCUAUUGCGUUGGGGAAGGACUCUGGGACGAGCCCACCUGGGAAAGGGAGGCAAAUGCGGCUGCCCAGAGUAAUGAUGGCCGCUCAGGCGGCGUCGGCACGUGAUGCGGACGGGCGGAAGCGGAAGUGCCAAGCUGAGUCCCGCAGCCUGUGGAGGUGGCCUUCUCUGCACCGCUUGGCCGCCACCCGCACCAGCUAUGGACUGCUACACGGCGAACUGGAACCCGCUUGGGGACUCUGCCUUUUACCGGAAGUAUGAGCUGUACAGCAUGGACUGGGACCUGAAGGAGGAACUCAGGGACUGCCUGGUGGCUGCCGCACCCUAUGGGGGUCCCAUUGCACUGCUCAGGAACCCCUGGCGGAAGGAGAAGGCUGCCAGCGUGCGGCCAGUGCUGGAUAUCUACUCUGCUUCGGGCAUGCCUCUGGCCAGCCUGCUGUGGAAGAGCGGGCCCGUGGUGGCCCUGGGCUGGUCAGCGGAGGAGGAGCUACUGUGCGUGCAGGAAGAUGGUGCAGUGCUUGUCUAUGGGCUCCACGGCGACUUCCGGAGACACUUCAGCAUGGGCAACGAGGUACUCCAGAACCGAGUUCUGGAUGCCCGAAUCUUUCAUACUGAGUUUGGUUCCGGGGUGGCCAUCCUCACAGGGGCCUACCGCUUCACACUUAGUGCCAACGUGGGUGACCUCAAGCUCCGCCGGAUGCCCGAGGUGCCUGGUUUGCAGAGUGCACCCUCCUGCUGGACCACACUGUGCCAGGACCGGGUGGCACACAUUCUUCUGGCCGUGGGGCCUGAUCUUUACCUUCUGGACCAUGCCACCUGCUCCACCGUGACGCCCCCUGGCCUGGCCCCUGGCGUGAGCAGCUUCCUGCAGAUGGCCGUCUCCUUCACCUACCGACACCUGGCGCUUUUCACAGACACGGGCUACAUCUGGAUGGGGACCACAUCACUUAAGGAGAAGCUGUGCGAGUUCAACUGCAACAUCAGGGCUCCCCCGAAGCAGAUGGUCUGGUGCAGCCGUCCUCGUAGCAAGGAGAGGGCCGUCGUGGUGGCCUGGGAGAAGCGGCUGAUGGUAGUGGGUGAUGCACCUGAGAGCAUCCAGUUCGUGCUAGAUGAGGACUCUUACCUGGUGCCCGAGCUCGAUGGGGUCCGCAUCUUCUCCCGCAGCACCCACGAGUUCCUACAUGAGGUUCCAGUGGCCAGUGAAGAGAUCUUCAAAAUUGCCUCGAUGGCUCCUGGAGCUCUGCUGUUGGAGGCCCAGAAGGAAUAUGAGAAAGAAAGCCAAAAGGCGGACGAAUACCUGCGGGAGAUCCAGGAGCUGGGGGAGCUGACUCAGGCAGUGCAGCAGUGCAUCGAGGCUGCAGGGCACGAGCACCGUCCAGACAUGCAGAAGAGCCUGCUCAGGGCAGCCUCCUUUGGAAAAUGUUUCCUAGACAGAUUUCCACCUGACAGCUUCGUGCGCAUGUGUCAGGACCUGCGAGUGCUCAAUGCCGUCCGUGAUUACCACAUUGGGAUUCCUCUCACCUACAGCCAAUAUAAGCAGCUUACUAUCCAGGUGCUGUUGGACAGACUGGUGUUGCGGAGGCUUUACCCACUGGCCAUCCAGAUUUGCGAGUACCUGCGCCUUCCUGAAGUACAGGGUGUCAGCAGGAUACUGGCCCACUGGGCCUGCUACAAGGUGCAGCAGAAAGAUGUGUCGGAUGAAGAUGUUGCUCGAGCCAUUAACCAGAAGCUAGGGGACACACCUGGUGUCUCCUACUCCGACAUUGCUGCGCGGGCCUAUGGCUGUGGCCGCACAGAGCUGGCCAUCAAGCUGCUGGAAUAUGAGCCCCGCUCGGGGGAGCAGGUACCCCUUCUCCUAAAGAUGAAAAGGAGCAAAUUGGCACUGAACAAGGCCAUUGAGAGCGGGGACACUGACCUGGUGUUCACGGUGCUGCUGCACCUAAAGAAUGAGCUGAACCGAGGAGACUUUUUCAUGACCCUCCGGAACCAGCCCAUGGCUCUGAGUCUGUAUCGACAGUAUUGUAAGCAUCAGGAGCUAGAGACAUUGAAGGACCUCUACAAUCAGGAUGACAAUCACCAGGAACUGGGCAGCUUCCACGUCCGAGCCAGCUACAUGGCAGAAGAGCGGAUCGAGGGCCGAGUGGCAGCUCUUCAGACAGCAGCAGAUGCCUUCUACAAGGCCAAGAAUGAGUUUGCAGCCAAGGCCACAGAGGAUCAAAUGCGCCUCCUCCGGCUGCAGCGGCGCCUGGAAGAUGAACUAGGGGGCCAAUUCCUAGACCUGUCUCUGCAUGACACAGUCACCACGCUCAUCCUUGGUGGCCACAACAAGCGCGCAGAGCAGCUGGCACGUGACUUCCGCAUCCCUGACAAGAGGCUCUGGUGGCUGAAGCUGACUGCCCUCGCCAAUCUAGAAGACUGGGAGGAGUUGGAGAAGUUUUCUAAGAGCAAGAAAUCACCCAUUGGCUACCUGCCUUUUGUGGAGAUCUGCAUGAAACAACACAACAAAUAUGAGGCCAAGAAGUAUGCUGCCCGUGUGGGUCCCGAGCAGAAGGUUAAAGCCUUACUUCUCGUUGGGGACGUGGCCCAAGCCGCGGAUGUGGCCAUCGAGCACCGGAAUGAGGCCGAGCUGAGCCUCGUGUUAUCCCACUGCACUGGAGCCACCGAUGGGGCCACAGCGGACAAGAUUCAACGGGCCAGGGCACAAGCCCAGAAGAAGUGAGAAACCCUGCCUGCGCUUCACUCUGAGUGAGGGGCUCCUUUCCAUGCCCUGCUGGGCUUGGUAAAAGAGUCACUAUGCAGUAAAGAACUGAUCUGGGCAAGCAGGAGGGCUGGUUGUAAAUAAAGAUGGGACACUUGA